CUGUCAUCGUUGCACUACCAAUGCACUUUGACCAUAAACGUUCACUCCAGCAACAGGUAGGCUACUCACAAUAUCCUCUGGCUGUUUAUAACUUCCCGCUAGGCAUAAUAGACGAGGAAGUACCUUCCUUGUAGAGCAGCUGAACAUGAAAGACGACAAGCAAGUAGCCGUAUCAUACCAAGAGCCUAUCAAGACAUUUGAAGGUCAUGAGGAGCAAAUCACCUGUAUUGCAACUUUUCCAGAUGGCAAGAGAAUAGCGACCGGAUCUGCCGACAAGACAAUACGCAUCUGGAGGCUUGAUGAUGGCACAGAAGUGAAGAAGUGGGUGGCAAAGAAGUAUGUCUGCGCACUUAUAAUAUUGCGAAACGGGAAACAUGUGGUUAGCGCCGAGGGAGAGAACACAAACGCGGAUUUGGAUGACGAGACAGAGUAUCCGUGGAAUCUUUCAGUGCGUGACACUGAGACUGGGAAGGUCAUUGCAGGUCCCUUGGACGGUCACAUAAAGCUUGUAGUUGCUUUGGACGUUUCCCUUGAUGGCGGUAUACUAGCCAGCGGUUCAAUGGAUUGCAGAGUCAUUUUACGAAACACCAGCAAUUGGCAGAGGAAAGGUGUUCCCCUCUUGUGUGGCGCGCUUGUCCUUUUCGUCCAAUUUUCUCCGACCGGCCAACUCGGCGUUGCUACUACUGAAGAUAUCCAAAUAUGGGACUUGGACCGAUCAGAGCGUCUUGCUCAAUUCAAGGGUCAUGCCGACUUCAACAAUGCAUCGAACCGUUCUCUAAUCUGGACUCAUGAUGGCGCCCAUCUCCUCUCAGCGGGUGAUUACAAAGAUCCCGUCAUUCGCUCUUGGGAUACUUCUACCUGGAAACAGGCUGGUGAUUCCUGGAGUGGUCAUGAUGUCGACAAGGACAUCAAUCAGAUCGCAUUGAACCCAGCUGGAACCCUUCUCGCAUCAGCAUCUGCCGACCACACAGUUUGCUUGUGGAAGCUCCCCACAGGAAGAGAAGUUGCUAGAUUUCAACACUCGGAUUGGGGGUUUCGUGUUGCGUUCUCGGUCGACGGACUCUCUGUAUUCGGCGUUGGCGGUGACGACAAAAUAUCGCAAUGGGAGAUACCAGAGCAGGUGUUCGCAGGAGUGCGGAGUGAUUCUCUCGGCGAUAACAAUGAGGCUGGUCCUUCACGGGGAAAGCAACGGAAUAUGAAAGGGCUUCUUAAUUCGGAGAUUCCUGGUCAGCGCCGCAAUAAGGCACCGAACUACGAGCGCACCAACAGGCCUCGUGGACAAGCUACUUACUCUGCAAUGCCACGCACUCAUGCCGAGAGUUCUUCAUCUUCUCCGUUGCAUGAUCUCAGGACAUUUUUUGGUGGCAUUCGGCCGUCAUUACCCAAGAAAAGGAAGCAAAAGGAGCCUCAACCAAAACAAAAGGCUCCGCAAGUCGCUGAUGUUCCUCUCGGGAAAGCCACAUAUGUUUGUUACCUCCAAUUGUAUCGAGUUCUUGACAUCCGACCACAUCCUUCCCUAGGCUGAUGUUGUUGGUGUGGACGAUGGAGCACGCCCAUACUCGCUCCUUUGUUGCCUCAGCUGUUUCCAGAGGAAGCCGGAUCCGCCACCGCCAGUUAUGAUGCCGACUUCUUGAACAACGAACAAGAGGAAAACAUCCUCAAUACUCCCAUACCUACUUCUACGCGACACAAUCAUCUCAAUGCUCUCACACCUGCGUCUUC